AUGGCACCAGAAGAUGAAAUCACCACCCUAGCGGUGCGCUCCAAGGAAGAUCCAACAACACUCGCACCAGAAACUCCCGGCCUGGCGAACAAGGAUGAUGGAAUAUACGCCGCCGAAACGACCAAUCGCCGCAAUCCCAUCGGAUCGCGAUUGGGCUCUGUGAUCAGAGAAUUCGAGAACCAACUCAUCGACUACAAUCUGGAGGCGCGUGGAAUUGAGCGUGUCUCUGUAUCCGAGCGCAUGAAGCGGAACUCAUGGCUCUCAUACCUGCAAGCUUUCUUGCUGUGGAUUUCCAUCAACCUCGCGCCCAACAACAUUACCCUAGGUAUGUUGGGCCCUGCCGUUUACGGACUCAGUUUCCGAGACUCGGCGCUGUGUGCUGUGUUCGGUGCUCUGGUUGGUUCCGUGGUCUCCUCUUGGAUGGCGACAUGGGGGCCUGUUUCUGGGAUUCGCACUCUGGCCUUCGGACGGUAUUCGAUGGGUUGGUGGCCAAGCAAGAUUAUUGUUCUGCUGAACCUUGUCCAGAUGAUUGGAUAUGGCUUGAUCGAUUGCGUUGUAGGCGGACAGAUUCUAUCGGCUGUCUCUCCCAAUGGCAUGUCCGUUGCUGUUGGCAUUGUGAUUAUUGCUAUCAUCAGCUGGGUGGUGGCGACUUUCGGCAUUCAGGUCUUCCAUUACUAUGAAAGAUUUGCCUUCAUCCCCCAGGUAAUUGUGGUCUGUAUUCUCUUCGGAGUUUCAUCCGUGAAAUUCGAUUUGUCGACCGUAUCCGAAGGCGAUGCCCGGACGGUAGCCGGUAACAGGCUAUCAUUCUUCUCCAUCUGUGUCAGUGCCGCGAUUACAUACGCUCCGCUUGCAGCGGAUUUCUUCGUCUACUACCCAGAAAACACAUCGCGGGCUAAGAUCUUUGGCCUUAGUCUGGCGGGAUUACUUGUUUCAUUCACCAUGGCCCUAGUGUGCGGCGUAGGCCUUGCCUCGGGCAUCCCCACCCACCCCGAGUAUAGCGCAGCCUACAACGAAGGUCAAGGAGCACUGAUCGUUGAAGGGUUCGGUCCGCUGCACGGAUUCGGCAAAUUCUGCUCCGUUGUCUGCGCACUGGGUCUCAUCGCCAAUACAGUGGCACCCACAUACUCCGCUGGUAUUGACUUCCAAAUUCUCGGCCGUUAUGCCGAGGCAGUGCCCCGCGUCAUUUGGAACACUAUUGCCGUGAUCAUAUAUACUGUCUGUGCGCUUGUUGGCCGCAGUCAUCUCUCCGAAAUUUUCACUAACUUCCUCGCUCUGAUGGGUUACUGGGUUGCCAUCUGGACUGCUAUCACACUGGAAGAGUGCUUUAUCUUCCGUGCGCGCACGGGAUACAACUGGGCUAUCUGGCGGGACCCGUCAAAGCUACCAAUCGGCAUUGCGGGAUUCAUUGCCUUUGUUGUUGGCUGGGUUGGUGCUGUCUUGUGUAUGGCUCAGGUGUGGUACAUCGGCCCCAUCGCGAAGUUGGUCGGCGCCUACGGCGCGGAUAUGGGAAAUUAUAUUGGAUUCUCUUGGGCUGCGCUUGUUUACCCUCCCUUGAGAUAUCUUGAGCUUCACUUCGUGGGGCGCUAA